AUGGCGGCUCAUCAGCUUCACAGAGAGACGGUGAGAUGGGAGGAACAAGGCAAUGAACUGGUCGCUGCGGCCAAGAAACUCGCUGUAUUGUUUGCGAAAAUUGCCAGAUUUAUGAGGUGUGUUUGGUUUUGUUUGUAUUGAGAUAAUGCCAUUCGGUCCUCGCCAGUUAGGAAAUAUAUUUCUAGAUGGGAACAACAACACUUAAACAUUUUCACCCGUAAGGCUUCGUUUCCAUUUCAAAUGGACUCUUAUCUUAUGUACACACGCGAAAAUCUCACAUUUUGUAGCAAGUCUGCCAACAAGCCGUCAACAAGUUGUGAAAGUUGUCCCAAGUGGUCAACAAGUUUGGAAUAAGCUGUUAACAACUUGUAACAACCUAGUUGAUAUUAUCAGACUUGUUGCAAGGUUGUUCCAACAAAUCCGAUACAGUCAUGACAUAACAAUAUUGUUACAACCUUGUGUCGUCAACCUUGUAAGUUAAACAUUCUUGUUAUAUCAUGACUGUAUAUAUCAGACUUGUUAGAACAACCUUGGAACAAGUCUGAUAAUGCCAUCAAGCUUGUUACUACAAGUUGUCAACAGCUUAUUCCAAACUUGUUACAACAACUGGGAACAAGCAGUGCGAACACAACUUGUCGACAGCUUGUGAAAAUAUUUGUAACAAUUUGUUUGCAAAGUACACACAUAAAAACGCACAAGUUGUAACAAGUCUGCAAACAAGUUGUUACAAAUCUGUUCACAAGCUGUGAACAAGUUGUCUUCGCACUACAGUACUUGUUCCCAGUUUGUUGCAACAAGUUUGAAACAAGCUGUUAGCAACUUGUAACAAGCUUGAUGGCAUUAUCAGCCUUGUUACAAGACUGUGCUAACAAGUUUGUUACAGCCAUGAUAUAACAAGAAUGUUACAAGGUUGAUGACACAAGGUUGUAACAAUAUUGUUAUAUCAUGACUUUAUCAGACUUGUUAGAACAAACAUGUAACGGACUUGUCAGAACAACCUUGCAACAAGUCUGAUAAUUUCGACAAGGUUGUUACAAGUUGUCAAAAAGUUGUUCCAAACCUGUUGACAACUUGUGACAAGCAGUGCGAAUACAUCUUGUUGACGGCUUGUUGGCAGACUUGUUACAACCAGGUGAUCUCGUGUUCGUAUUUUAGCCAAUCAGCGCUCAGAAAGGGUUGUCCGAAUAGAAAUCCAUUUUGAUGUAUUCAGUCAAUUAUAUCUUUCGUUAUUCUUAAUGAAACUAGUUGAAAUUUUGUAAUUAUGUUUGAUUAUAAGAACUAUAGCUCUGACAAAAAUAUGGAAUCGAAAUAAAGUAUAUUACAGGAGAUAUUCAGUUGUUUUAAUCAUAAAAUGGAUUUCUAUUUGACAACUAGUGCCAGUGCUUUUCCACAUAUCAAGAUCAUCUGGAACUCAUGAGCAUGUAAAUAUAUACUAUAUACAGGAGUGUUAAUUUACUAUCCGCCUCGAUUAGCUAAGCUAUUAGCGGAUAGUAUUGUAUGUUGUAACAUCUUUUGAAUUAAUUAAAUUAAAGUAUCAGUAUAAGUCCGUAGAGUUUAUCAGUGCCAAGUCUGACGAGCUUGUCUUAUUUAAAACUAAUACGAUCACUGAAUUGAAACAGAUUAAAUCCGAAGUCAAUGUAAUAUCAUUAAAAUGUGAAAAGAUUGCCAAUUCUAUCGAACAGCGUGAGGAAUACAGCUAUCAAUAUAAUGUGAAGACUAUUGGCGUCCCACAAGAGCAACAAACAGAGACGGCAGAGCAAACCUCAAAUCUAUGCCUCGAAAUAUUUCGUAAAAUCGGUGCUGAAGUCCUUUUACAAGAUAUAGACAUUGCCCAUCGAGUGCCAUCGCGAAAUCCCGACAACAACAACAACAAUACGAUUAUUUGUAAAUUCGUCAGACGCCUAGCACGAGAGAACGUAAUGGCCGCAAGAAAGAAUGCAAAUGAUCUGCAACCAAGCAUUAGAAUCUACGAUCACCUCACCCCUCUGCUGCAAGAGCUUUUAUAUGAAGCAAAGAGAUAUCAGAGAAUGAAAGUUUUAUCAAGCUAA